UUCAUUUCCGGCAAACAUGGCCUAUGUUUUCUUGCGGCUAAACGACAACACAAAGCAACAAACGGACGCUUGUUUCCAUUUUUGCUUCCUCGGUACACAUUUGCCCUCGAAAUGAGCAACUCUAUUGUCUUUGCUUCGCAACUUGAGGCGGUCAUGGAAACAGAGGAGCAGGCGAGGAACCGCUUCCAGUCAGAAUUGGAGUUCAUCCAAUGUUUGGCCAACCCGAACUAUCUCAAUUUCCUGGCUCAGAGGGGCUUUCUGAGGGAGAGACCUUUCAUCAACUACCUCAAAUAUUUGUUGUACUGGAAGGAGCCUGACUAUGCAAAGUUUCUCAAGUACCCGCACUGCCUGCACAUGCUGGAGCUGCUGCAGUACGAGCACUUCCGCAAGGAGCUGGUGAACGCGCAGUGCGCCAAGUUCAUCGACGAGCAGCAGCUGCUGCACUGGCAGCACUACUCGAGGAAGCGCACGCGGCUGCAGCAGGCGCUCGCCGAGCAGCAGCCGCCGCAGCAGCAGGCGCCGCCGACGCACGCCAACGCCGCCGCCAAGUGACCGACGCCUGUUUUAUUAUUUUCGCCAUUAAAAAGUCUGAAAAUGCUCGAGAAAAAAAAAAAUAAAAAUUGGUAUUUAUUUUGCUGAUUUGUCAAAAAAAUUAAAAUUAGUAGUUUAUUCCUCUCCUUGAUUUGUAUGGCAGGGCAGAAAUGGUUGCUUAAAAGAAUGCAGAUAAGGUACAGUGGUUAACUUCAGGUGUUUUAGUCACAAGCUGUAUUUUUUUCAUUUUUAUUUUUUUUUGCUUUGUGAUGCAAGCCAAAAUGUGAAUUUUGGGGUGAAGUGAAAUAAAAUGAAGCAAUUCAGGUA